UCACAAAUGUCUACACCUCAUCUUCACCACCCAAUCCUUUUUUUUUCCUCAAACAGUUGGAAUGACUAAAAUGCCCUCAAACUUUCAUGGUCAGGGAUUGUAUACAAGUUGUACCUUGUGCAACUCUAGGAGUACCACUAUGAGCUACCUCUUCCUUCAUUCUGUAUCUCACAAUAACUAUCACUAGGGAGAAAAUGACCAAAAACCCAUUUUCAGUUACUCAUUAAAAAGCUAUCUUAUCAUUCUUUUCACUCUAAAAACUUUAAAAAGUUUCAAGAGAGAAAAAUGGCAGUGUCUACAGUGUACACGGUCCAAUCUCUCAACUCAACAUGUUCAAUCUCAACACCAACAAAAUCCCAUUUGGGAAUUCAAAAACAACAAGUGUUGUUCUAUACUAAAAAGACCAAUAGGGGCAGGGUGAGAGGCGGUGAGAUACGAUGCGCAGGCGACACAAUAGUAAUCGGGCUAGCAGCCGACUCGGGGUGCGGGAAGAGUACGUUCAUGAGGAGGUUGACUAGUGUGUUUGGAGGUGCAGCAGAGCCACCAAAGGGAGGGAAUCCGGAUUCAAACACGCUCAUAAGUGACACGACAACGGUUAUAUGUUUGGAUGAUUACCAUUCGUUGGAUAGAACAGGGAGGAAGGUGGAAGGGGUGACCGCGCUUGAUCCGAGAGCGAAUAACUUUGAUCUCAUGUAUGAACAGGUUAAGGCUUUAAAAGAUGGGAUUGCUGUAGAUAAGCCGAUUUAUAACCAUGUUAGUGGUCUUUUGGACCCUCCGGAGCUCAUCAAGCCACCUAAGAUCCUUGUCAUUGAAGGUUUGCACCCAAUGUAUGAUGAGAGAGUAAGAGACCUCUUGGACUUCAGUAUCUACUUGGACAUCAGCAACGAUGUUAAAUUCGCGUGGAAAAUUCAGAGGGACAUGGCAGAGAGAGGACACAGCCUUGAAAGUAUUAAAGCUAGUAUUGAAGCAAGAAAGCCAGAUUUUGAUGCUUAUAUUGACCCACAAAAGCAAUACGCAGAUGCGGUUAUUGAAGUGUUGCCUACACAGCUGAUUCCAGAUGACAAUGAGGGGAAGGUGUUGAGAGUGAAGCUGAUAAUGAAAGAGGGAGUCAAAUACUUCAGCCCGGUUUACUUGUUCGACGAAGGCUCCACCAUCUCAUGGAUUCCCUGUGGGAGGAAGCUCACUUGUUCUUACCCGGGUAUCAAGUUCGCCUAUGGCCCCGAUACUUACUACGGUCAAGAGGUGUCCGUAUUGGAGAUGGAUGGUCAAUUCGACAAACUGGACGAGCUCAUCUAUGUUGAGAGCCAUUUGAGCAACAUCUCCACCAAAUUCUACGGAGAAAUUACCCAACAAAUGUUGAAGCAUGCCGACUUCCCGGGCAGCAACAACGGAACCGGUCUCUUCCAAACCAUUGUCGGUUUGAAAAUCAGAGAUCUCUUUGAACAAAUCACAGCCAGCAAGGCCUCAGCUACAUUGGAAGCUACAAAAGCUUAAACUAAAGAGAAACAAACUUAUAAGUUUUAAGUGUCAGGCUUUUAUCACGUGUCUUGUGAGAGUUACACACCCGUAUGUAUGUAUUUAGUUUCAUUUGUUUCUUCCAUGGAGAUCUGUUAUAUAGGGAAUCAAAUUCUUAAAUGAAAUCUUGAGAAGAUUAAAGAACG